AUGUUAUUCAAAGCCAAAGCUAAUCUGGUCGCCACAAACUUUGAAGAUGAAGAUAACUGCAAUUCUUUUAAGAGUUUGCUUCCAUUAAAAACCCACAUCAAUCGUAUCUCUGUUAAAUGUACCCAAGAUUGGAAGAAAUUGCAAAAAAAACUAAAAUUACGUCGUCGUAAUGGUCUCCGAAUGGUGGCCAAUUUACUAAAAAGUUCUGAAUCAUACGAAACCACAAAAAGUUGCGUGGAAAAUGGAAGUGAGGACACUGACCAGUGGUCGCCCCCAAAACUUGGUGAAUUUGAAGUAUUUUCUUUUUGUAUGUUAUGUCAAUUUGGAACCCCGACAAAGGAUAAUGACAGGAAACUAAAGACAUUGGUCAACUCAAAAUUAAACGAUGAAUACUACCAAACUCAGAGUUUCUGUUUCAAAGAAAAUUUUGGUAAAACAAGAACAAAGGUCCAACAAGUUCAAAAAGGUAAAAAAGGUAAAAAAGUUCACAAAAGUCCGAAGAGCCCAAAUCCAAUGUUAAUAGGGAAGAGUACUUUGGGUAAAAAAUAUUGUAAAUCAAACACUUUUAAAGUGUCUGAUUUUCAAUGCCAUCAAGAGCUAGCUAUCUCUAGUUAUAAUGAAUGGGGGAUGGAGCCAUGGCUAUUUGUUGCACAUCAUUAUCAAACUUGGUUUUAUAUUAGCACCUGGAAUUACUAUUUACCAUCCAUUUCAGGUGAUAAAUGGGGCCUGUUCAACAUUAAUGGAUGGACAAGUGAGUUUAGUAGUCUUUUGCCAGCAGACAAGAAAAUUACAAACACCCAUGAAAAACUAGCCAUUUCCGCCAUCCCGAGCUCUAAUCUUCUUUGUCUUGGAGAUUCAAAUCGAUCGCCCUCACAGAUCGAUCAUGCAGGAAAUAUUUAUUGCAUAAAAGUUAAAGAAAAAUUGUUAAAUAGAUUGAAAGAAAAGUUCGUUGGUUAUGAUGUAUACAGAAAGCUGGAAUUGGGACCACAGGCUUGGUGGGAUACUAAAAAGAGCCAGGAAUGUCAAACAAGUUCAGUUGGGGUUUUCACACCAAACGACAGUGUUAAACUUUUCUUUGAGAAUAGAGUGGCCUCAUCUGAGGAGGAAGCCUCAGAAGAAGAAACUUCAGAUCGCCAAGCCUCAACAACUCAUGCAAAAAAAAAACAAAAAGUAGAUCACCCAAGCAGGUACAUGAGAGGUGUUAAAUCUGUGGAAAAUACGAAGAGGAUUUCUAUACCAACGCAUGGUAGUGCGACCCCCAAAUUUCCUGGUUCAGAUUCCGAAGAGGAGUUGGAUACGGAUGAGGAAUUGGAUACGGAUGAGGAAUGGUAUUCGGGUGAUGAUUAA